UGUUCCAACCGUCUUUUGACGUGUUCUGUUAUUAUUCACUUGUAACAAAACAAAGAUAAAGAGUACAGUUGUUAUCAAGGUGUUGACAGGUGAAUGCCACGUUGAAUGUCAAUCAGCUGAACGUUGGCAUCAGGUGUACGAGAUAAAUUCGGCAAUCGUGGCUCGUUAUUUAUUUCCCAGUUACUGGAGAAAUGACAAAAUGGGGGAGACCGAGGAAAAUGACAACAAAACAUCGCAAGUGAAUGAUAACAACUGUGAUAACAGCACUAAUGACCUUGUUUAUCAUGCUGUAUACAUCCCGAGAGAUCCUGAGACUAUUGUUGAAGAGAUAACCCAUGUGUACACGGAUAAGCAGGUAGCAUUGGCUGUCAUCAAGGCCUUCGAGGCAGCUCGGCUGAAGACAUUCAAGUCGAGGUCAGAGGCUGAAAAAUAUGCUGAGCAUGGUUUUGAAGAGGCUACAGGUGCCAAAAAAAAUUCGAAAGUUCAAUUACCAGUUGGGGAGGGGCAAGGGAGUUCCUUUAAGGCGCCUAAAUCCCAGGAUCUGGUUUUCUUCAGGAAGCUCAUUGAGAGUGGCGAUGUGGCUACUGUCAUGCAGAUGGUCUGGGAUAAUCCUAGGUAUCUAAUUUCAUCAGGUGAAACUCCAGCUAUUCUCCAGGAAGGUUGCAGGUACAACGCCUUGCAUGUCGCUGCCUCCAAAACUCAAGAGCCCGAGAUGUGUGCAAAGAUCUUAGAAAUUGUAUCAGAUCCAAAAUUCGUGAAGCUCUUGUACGGCAAAGGGGGCGAAUCGAUUUACGCAACCACUGCAAAAAUCUGGUUAGAUCUGUAUUUGAAUACUCCCGACAAGGGUCUACACGAAACACCACUCCACUUUGCCGCAAAGUUUGGUAAAAUCGAGGUGGUGAAAAUUUUGCUGUCGUACCCCCAGUGCCUAAAAAAUAUGAAAAAUAAGUUCGGCGUCCUGCCAGUCCAGACAAUCUGCAGUAGAAAGGGUCAGGACGAUCAGAAUCUCGCGAAAGAUAUUAGAAUGCUCUUUGAGGAUCAGUAUUACGUGCCAGUAUUGAGGGCUGAGGACAACUCCCUCCAGCCAACGAUAGGCAUGCCCUUCUCUCCAUCGAGUCCUCCGAGACUCCAAGUCGAUCCCCUGUCCCCCAAAGUCGAGGUCAAGGCGAUGGCUGGGCCCAUGAGUAAGUCCCAGGCUGUCGAGUUUAGGAAGAAAUGGAAGACUCCACCGAGAUUGUCCAGGACACCCAAUAGAAAUAACAAUCAUCGCAACGACUCCUUCACGUUUCUCAGUCCAAGGCACAGAGAUCCAGAGGUGAGACUCCUGGACACUGAGAAAGGACUUGAAACUGUCGGAAGAGACUUGGCGCACGAGUAUCGAGUGAACUGGAGCGAAUGGUGGCCUUUUAUGAAUGAAGCCGCUGAUCUUACGUCCAUCGAGGGGCUGUCCAAACUGGAGAGCUACUUCAGGAGGAUGUUUACCCAAAAACAAAAUAUACAGGAUGAGACGAAGAUAGUGAGAAGUAAACUGACGAUACGUAAGCCUAAGUUCCGCCUUUCCCAGGAAGUGGAUGAGAUGGAGAUAUUGACAAAGCAGAUGGAGAUGUGCUCUCUCGGCAGGUCCAUCAGCACUGACUCCGAAGAAGAUGAGGAGUACCAGACACCACCGGAAACACCAAAUGGAACAGACGUUGAGGAAGACUCGGAGAAUGACUACAGCCUCGCUGAGGAGGAUGGGCCCGCCUAUGAUCGUCGGUUCAUCGAUGGUGAUUUCCCUGGGAAAAAUGACAUUGAUGUGUUCAAUGCCAUUCCAGAGACUAUCGAUGCAGAAAUAUUUCCUUUGAUAUAUGGGUGGAAACAUGCGGUGGAACUUGCCAGGAAGAGGAAUCAGGUGGUAGUCAGUACACCUAGGAGGAGAAUACUGCUUAGUCCAGCGAAAUAAUCAAAAGAAUAGGGGGGAGAAGGAAGCACAGAGAAACGUCUCGAGCUUUAAAGUUUAACUCAUAUGCCAAGUUUUUUCAUUCCUGAACUGUGAACUAAUAUAUAUUUUCUUCUGUAAUUUAAGGUAACACUUGUAACUCAUAGUCUAUUUUUGAACAGUCAUUUAUAAUAUUGAGAGAAGAGAUUUUUUAUUUCUUUUUUCUCAAUUUAUCGAGAGGUUUAGUCUUAACAGUAUCGCCAGGAGAUAGUCCUUGUGAUGGAAUGGCCUGCCAUUUUGUUGACAUUGAGAAAUAUUGCGAACGAUCCUUUUAUGAAUCCUUGGAAUUUCAAGGUUUUCUUGUUCGUUGUGGUAUUCGCCGAUUUUAGAGUUUGUAUUGUCAUUUGACUUUUGUACUUGUCCAGUUCACUUGGCGUUAAUAAUUGACUGUGGCACAAUUAGCGAUAAUUAAUUAUUUAUUUAAGUGUCCGAAGGGAUAGUCAAUUAACAUAGAAUGUCACAGCGAACAAACAAGCCCAAAUUUAUU